GGCAUGCAGGCCGCCAUCUUCCUGUGCAGACUCCUGCCCACACUGAUCACACCGGCCGUCUCCAGCGUUACCUGUCCAGGCCCCUGCCGCCUGGCGCCGCCAUUUCACUUUCAAGGGCGGUCGCCGGUGUGGGCUGCUGGUGGCUCACCUGUUAGACAGGGACGCCUGGGCGGUGGCAGCGGUGGGGCAGUGUCUCAGUGGUGCUGGUGACGUGAAAAGGGUGCCCGGGGGUGCGUGGGGGUGUUUGGGGGUGACAGGUGGCGGAGGAGGGUCCUGAUCGGAACAACUGACAGCAGGACAGCUGCGGUUAUCGCCAGGAGUCGCAGCAGCUGAUCGCCUGCUGCAGCCUCCGUCAAGGCCACCAUGUCUCGUCAGCACCGCCACGAGCGGCGUCACCACCGGGACGACAUCGAGGACCGCUACCAGGAGGAGCGGGAGGACGACAGGCGCUACCGCGGCCGGGACGACGACCGCGACUACCGCUACCAGUACGGCUACGACGAGGAGCGGAGUGAGGUGGAGCGGGCACCAUCGGACCGGGCCGUCAGUGAGUUUGUGCUCGACACUCCCCGGUACGACCCGGACGAACAGGAGCGCUACGACACCGACCGGCGGCAGCGGUACUCCGAACGCAACCCGCACGACCGCGACCGCGACCGCUACGACCGCGACCGGUACGACACCGAGCGCGACCGCUACGACCCGGAGGAGCGGGAGGCCAGCGAAAUAUACGCCGAGGCCCAUCAGCCGGACAUGAGUCACUACGCGCCAAGCCAGCGCACCCACCGGAGCGGUGUCUCCGAGGCCGGCACCACCAAGACCAAGACGUCCCGACACGGCAACCUCAUGAUGGAGACGAUGGCGGCGCCACACCCCUGCUGCCCAAACACCAAAGGAGUGUGCUGUCUGAUGCUUCUACUAAAUCUGGCAAUAUUGCUGAUUGCACUUGGCUUCGUAAUUAUUCUUCAGCUCUACAAUCCACCAUUUGUGUGGUUCAUCGGUCUGGCGCUGCUGAUCGGUGGAUUCUGCGCGCUCAUCUUCUGCCUGGUCUACUGUGUCUGGGUGUGCAAGGACGCUCACCGAGCCCAGGAGAACGGGGAGCUUUACUGGACUCACCACUGGCAGAAACAGUGGGGCUACCAGCCCUCUGAGAAGGCCCCAUCCGAGCCGUACCGGGAGAGGUACUGAGUCACCAGGGAGGACGCAGAGUCACAGAGUCAAGGAGUAGCGAUAAGUGCAGUUGCAACAUCGCGAUCCCAGAAGUCAUCACAGCCCGGACAAAAAGAACAAAGUCUGCCACCAGCACCAAGUCCUUAUCACCGGCCAUCUGCAAUCUGCAUAGAUCACGGAAAAUCACAAGAGAAGGAAGGAAGUAAGGACUUUUCACAACGAGGCACUGCGGAGUGAUGAGUAUAGAUGACAGAUGAGAAGAGAAGGUGCAAGUACGUCCCACAUGCUCUAAUGGGCGUGGUCAACGUGGUGGGCGUGGCUUCAUGUGGUGGGCAUGGCGCCAUGAAGUGGGCGUGGCCAGCGUGGUGGGCGUGGUCCACGCAGUCCACAACGAGUGUUUGACUGUGAUGUCUGAUAAAAGGGGCUUUGAGGUGACCCCCGGUGCCAACUUGCGCUUGCUGAAGGGACCAGCAUUGCUAACAUAUCUAAAACAUUCGUGCUUAAAGUCGAUGCGUGACCCUGUUUGAAUGUUGUUUUGACGGGUUGGGAGCAUGCUACGUGGAAUGACUAGUUACAGCAACGUCAAGCACGAGGAACAUCAAUUAUAACUUAGAACGUAAAUUAUGAGUGAAUGUUUGUUGACACAGCGAGAUGUGUGUUGUCACUUGUUAAUAAUUCGCAAGUUUUGACACGAACGUUAACGUUAGGUAUUGACAGGAGACUUAUCGCGCAGUUCGCACCCGAGCUAUGGUCGUGGCGAGAUGACGUACCGAAUGGAUCUUAUUUUGAUGCUGUACACUUGUUACUGUAUCAUCAUCUCAAACGCAUAACCAAUACACAUUAUACAUAGUU